AUGCCUGAGGAAAGGAGAGAAGAGCAGCAAGGCUCCAACUUCCUCAAAACCGCCGUCCAGUCUAUAGGCAUAUUCAUAUUCGUCCAGUUCGCCUCCAAACAGCUUUUCGGCACCGGCAACAAUGCUGUAUCCAAAGCAACUGUGCCAGGUGCAAACGCGCCUGUGCCAGACUUCUCAACACGACCAAGCCAAAUGAGCGCCGAUGGUUCGUACAACCCGAUACCGCAAACGAUCUCGCCAAUGUGGCAGACGGGCACACCGUUGGACAUCAGCAUGUACAUCUCGCCCUCGCUGAUCAUGCCGUCGCUCAAGUCUAUGCCCAAAGAGUCGUUGGUUAUGGAAGAGAAGGAGUUCAUGUACGGAGACUGGAAGGAAAGCCGGGAGAUUGACACCACCUUCGCCGUGCCUCGAGAAGUUCAAAACAAUGGGACGCUGUUCGCGCACUUUUACGUCGCCCAGUCUGGAAACGUUAUGGAUCCUACCGCAUCGAACUACGAUCCGGCGAAGGCGUAUCACUUCUUUCGACCGUUAACUCAGUACCUGCCGAAGAAGAAGGUUAAGAAGACCAAAAAUCUACUCUCCGCCAAAAACGCUACGGAAGAUGUCGAGGAAGAGCCUGCGCCGAAGGAGCGAAUCAUCGCUUCCUACUAUCAUCCAAACUUCACGGUUUCUCUCGUGCCUGACUCUGGUGUUCAGAAGUACCCUCAGAUGGCACCAGCCGUACGCUCCUUCGUACACCUUGAUAGGACAGGUUCAAGAGAUGCGUCCGGACAGAACGGCUGGUACUAUCCAAUACUCUAUGUCAACACAUUCUGGCAGCUCCGCGACCACAUGACGGAGCUCAACUCCACCGUCAAGCGACUCCCGCUGCGCAUAACGCUCAACAACCUCAACAGCUGGAAGUUCAGCCUCUAUGCCACCAUGGACGAAGGCAUGAAGCAGAACGCCCAGAAGGCCGCCCAAGGCCAGUCCAUAAGUGGCGAUGGAUCGGAGUUCGAGCAAUUCAAGAGCAUCCUCAUGGACACCAAUAUAUAUCUCCUCGCAACUACCGGCGUGGUUACCAUCUUGCACAUGAUCUUCGAGAUGCUCGCCUUCAAGAGCGACGUCAGCCACUGGCGUAACAAGAAGGAUAACGUCGGCACCUCCGUCCGCACCAUCCUCGCCAAUGUAUUCAUGCAGAGCAUCAUCUUCCUCUACCUCUUGGACAACAACGACAACACAUCCUGGAUGAUUCUCUUCGGACAAGGCAUGGGCAUUGCAAUUGAAGCGUGGAAAGUCACCAAGACCGUGAACGUGCGCCUGAGGGAGACCCCCCCUGGCUCCUUCCUGCCGUACACGGUCGUAUUCGAGGACAAGCACAAGCUGUCCGAGACAGAGCAGAAGACCAAAGAGUACGAUGAGAUCGCCUUCAAGUAUCUCUACAUCAUCGCCGUCCCGCUUCUCCUGGCCUACGCCGGCUACUCCCUCAUGUACGAAACGCACAAGUCGUGGUACUCGUUCAUCAUCACGACGCUCGUGGGCUCUGUCUACGCGUACGGCUUCCUCAUGAUGGUGCCGAGUCUGUACAUCAACUACCGGCUCAAGUCUGUCGCGCACAUGCCUGCGAAGGCCAUGACGUAUAAGUUUUUGAACACGUUUAUUGAUGACUUGUUCGCGUUCACGAUCAAGAUGCCUACGCUGCAUAGAUUGGCAACUCUUAGAGAUGAUGUCAUAUUCUUUGUGUAUCUUUACCAGAGCUAUAAGUAUAAGGUUGACUAUACGAGAGUCAAUGAAUUUGGGCAGGGCGGCGAUGAUGAGGAGGUGGAGGAGAAGAUUGCGAAUGAGCCGUUGGCGGCGCCUGCGGAUGGUGAUGGUAAAGUCAUGGAGGCUGUGGAAGGGCUGAAAGAGGCGGAUGCGGAGGCUACUGGGAAGGCAAAGGGGAAGGCUAGGAAGAGGAAGUGA